ACCCUGACACUCAUGUGCUGGGCAAGAUUAAACUGCAGACAGCAGUGGAGCUCCUGAAAAAGCAGACGGAGGAAGCUUGGGAGCUGAAAUACCAGGAAGGAAAGAAGACAGCUGACUGGAAGGCGAAGACGCACUAUCAGAGAAUGUGCAUCGAGAUUGAAUUUGAGAAGCUGCACGAGUUCCUGAAUAAGGAAGAGGAGCAGCUGCUGCGGAAACUGAGGAAGGAGGAGAAAGAGACCCUGAAGAAGCUGCAUGGGAAUAUAAUAAAGCUCUCAGAACAGUGCUCCUCUCUGCAGAAGCUGAUCAUGGAGAUAGAGGAGAAGUGUCAGCAACCAGCUGCCGCAUUGCUGAAGGAUGUGAAACACACAUUGACCAGGAGUGAAAAUAUUCAAGUGCAGGCUGAAGCUGUGUUUACUGAACUGAAGAACAUAUACCACAUUCCUAGCAUUGAUAUUAUUGACAUUCUAAGGAAAUUCAAAGUGGAUGUGACUCUCGACCCAGACAUGGCUCAUCCCAACCUCAUCCUGUCUGAGGACAGGAGAAGCAUGACACACGGAGGCACGUGACAGGAGCUGCCCGGCAAUCCUGAGCGAUUUGAUCCUUAUAUCAUGGUGCUGGGCUCCAGGAGGUUCACGUCAGGGAAGUGUUACUGGGAGGUGGAGGUGGAAGACAAGGUGGAGUGGGACGUGGGGGUGUGCAGAGAAUCUGUGGGCAGGAAGGGGCAAGUUAUAUUGUCUCCUAGCAAUGGAUUCUGGAGACUCUGGCUGAGGAAUGGAGAUAAGUACAAGGCCUUGAUCUCCCACCCAACCCCCCUCAUUGACAGCGUGCGGCCCAGUCAGGUGGGGAUUUUCCUAGACUACAAGGCUGGUGAGAUCUCACUUUACAAUGUGACAGACAGGACCCAUCUAUAUUCAUACAGCGGAGCCUUCUAUGGGGUUCUGCGGCCUUUUUUCAGCCCUGGCCUCAAUCGGGAAGGUGAAAACUUCGCUGACAAUCUACUAGAAGUCUCUGGGCUAGCUCCAGUAGGAAUCAAAGACACACACACGGGAGGAGCACCAAGUAAAAAAAGCUCCCCCCUCUACCAAUACCUCCCCCCACUCACACACUCUCCUCCUGCUGGGGCUCUGAUCUGGCUCCAUGGGGAAGGAGCCAUUGCGGUGAUGAGGAAUGCAGGAGUAGAUUUGGUCCCAACCCAUGUGGCAGGAGAUGGUGAAGUGAGAUACAGACUAUGCUGAUUGCCCAAGGGAUUUCUAGGGGAGGAAAGUAAACGUGAAAAAAUAUGUAAGCAAAAUGAUAACUCAUUUGGCUAACUUUUAGAAAAAGUGACUAAUGAAAAAAGAAAAAGCCCAAGAAAAGUUGGUGACAAUUUUACUCUCUUUUUUUAAAUCACAAGUUUUAUUAAGUGUUUUUCACCAAAAUGUUGACAUUUGAAGUAGUUUUGACCAGCUCCAUACGUGGCUGAAAAACACAGGCUGUGGGGAAUUCAGAAAAAAUGUUGUCAAAUUCCUCCCCCUUUUUUUUUUUUUAAAUCAAACAUUUCAAUUUUUCAUUGCUGUUUCAAAAGUGGCUCUCGUGAUCAAUGAUUUCUGGGGUGCCUCAGGUUUUUUAACACCCAACCAGAGAUGCCUUAAAGCAGCCACACUGUUUUCAGAGGGAGGUUAGCUGAGCAGCCCCUUUCCUGGUGGCUGAAUUGGGGCACUCACAAUCAAAGGGACUGAAAUUUUAGGCACUAGUCCUGCAAACACUUAAGCUCCUGCUUAACUUUGUGCAAAUAGGUAAUGACCUUUGUGCGUCCUGCAGGUACCUUCAAUACGACUGCUUACAUCUACAGAGUUAAAAAUCAUGUGGUUGUAGGGACAGGGACUUAGGCUACUAAAAUUGAAUGAUAAGAUAAUGACAGUGAAUGAUGCUAGGAACACUGGGGAAAUGCCACACAAUGAACCCUAAAAUGAUCGUUUUUCUUGAUUCUGCUGAUGAAGAAACAAAAAAAAAAAUCCAAAAGCUGCCUUUAAUGGCAUAACAUUAGAUCUUACACAUAUGUAUGAAACCACUUUUGCUAAUGAGAUGACACAUUCCACAAGAUUUUGCAAGGGAUCUGCAGAUGUGUCUAACUUCAAAGCCUAAAACUACAGCUGAUCAAAAAUGAGAGCUAUUGAAACAGUUUUCGGAAUGGAUUCCCAUUAAAUUUCAGUGGGAACUGUGUGGCUAAAUCCCAACUGUGCUUUAAAAAAUUUCAAAUAUUGUUUUCUAAAGGUACAAGCUUGUUCAGCACUGAAACUGAAGUUUUAUCACUUAAAUUUACUUAAAUAUCCCACCAUUUAAAACUUGCAGUACUCAGGUUUCUGGAAUACAGGCAAGUUUCAUCUUAUGCAGGGAUUCUGUUCUGCGGUUAGCAUGUAAAGCGAAAACCGCAUAUAGUGAAACACUCAUUGAGUUGAAUGGCGGGCGGAAUCGCCCGCACUACAGAUGCAGUUUUUAUAUUGUUAUUUUUCUUUUUUUCCCCUGUUUUUGCCGACCGUGCAAAGCUGAAUUUGCGCAUGUUAAAUUCGCCUAAGAUGCGACUUGCCUGUAACAGCAUGCCAGUCUGAUCCUCUGAAUCAACAGAUUUCAGAGUAGCAGCUGUGUUAGUCUGUAUCUGCAAGUACUCCUGUUCUUUUUUUGAAUCAACAGAAAGACUGCUAUUGUCCACCAGGUCUGGAACAGACCUCAAAACUAAUUUACCAGAGACUUGAGCAAUAAUUUUUGUGUGUCUAUACUGUAAAAAUAUUUUUAAAAAUGGGCUGGCAAUAGGCAAAAUAAACCACAGUUAAGAUUGUAGUUAAAUUGUGGUUCAGUGCUGAAUUCUGUGAAAUCAGUGAAAAAUAAAAUGGAUAAAUUUUUAACAUUUUUGUAUCUGCCAUUAUCAAAACAUUUUUACGUUGAUAUCUUGGAGGGCAAAGAAUUAAGGUCAUAUUUUAUAAGUCAGAAUUUCUUUAGAGUGGUGCUUAAUCUUAUUACACAGGAGGGCCAAAUAAAUCCAAGUUGUGUAGACCAGAUUUUGCAUAUUUUAAUAAGAUUUAAAGUGCCCCAUAUUGAUUUAUAUUUUAAGUUCAGUUUGUUUCAUACGUAUUUAGAUAGUUUUCUUCUAUGUAUAGUAUUGUCUAUUCAAUGACAAAACACUAAUGAAUUGGCCGUUAGUAUAUUGUGUUGAAGCAGGCUGCGGACCUUAUGUAAUGCUCUGGUGGUCUGUGUAUGGCCCGUGGGCCAUAAAUUGGGUACCCUUGCUUUAGACAGGGAGGGUAAUUAACCAUUGGAACAAUUUAUCCAGGGUCAUGGUGAUACAAGAGGCUUUUUAGCUGCUCUGAUCCUGUGUAAGAAAUGCAGCACCCAGGAUAGAGGCAUACAGUCACACACAGCUGAAAACAAGCAGAGAGGGAGAAACAUCAUGGAAUUUGACUUACACAAAUUAGCAUAACAAAGGUGGUGACAGUAUCAUAAUACUUAGGCAUGCAUACAAGUGUAGUUAGUUUAAGAUUUAAGACUUUUUGUAAGUAGUACUUAAUGAUAAUUUAAAGUAGGUUUAGCUAGAAAUCCAAAAUGGAGGACUGAGGCGGAAUUGACCAAUAGUAGACAGAAGACUGGGAUCCAGCCUCUUCCCGGUCCUUCUUUUAGCAUCUCCAAAAAACAAGCUCCCAAACAAAUCUAUGCAAAAAUCAUGGAGCAGGUCCUCAAGGAAUCAAUUCAGAAGCCUUAGAGGAGAGGAAAGUGAUCAG